AUGGUCACUUGCACUGUGAAUGGGGUACAAUUUCUAGAUUCUAUGUGUGAUCUCGGUGCAUAUGUUAGCAUUAUGCCCCUCUCCGUCUACCAUAUAUUGAGGCUACCACCAUUGAAGAGGUCAACGGCAAGAUUUGUUUUAGCAGACAAAAGCAUAAUAACCGUGACGGGUGUUGCAGAAGAUGUACUAGUAAAUAUAAAAGGGUUGGUGUUUCCGAUUGAUUUCUAUGUUCAUGAGAUGCCAUCAAGCGAGUCCGAGAGGGCAUCAUCUAUUCUACUUGGGAGACCAUUUUUGAGGACCUCUAGAUUCAAGUUAGAUGCCUACUCGGGAACUUACUCGUUUGAAAUAGAUGGGAGAGUCGUGAGUUUUAGCCUGGAAGAAGCAGUGAAACAUCCAUCGGAGAAUCAUUCUCUAUUCCGGUGUGACCCAAUUCACAAUAUUGUGGCCGAGGUGCAUCUUGCAAAGUUAGAUGAGAACCACAUGAUUGAAGACACAAAUGAAGAUCCAAUCGAAGCAAACACAUUACCCCAUCCGGACCAUCUGGAAAUUCAAACUUCAAGCCAAGACCAAAAGGUAGAACUAAAGCCACUACCACCCCACCUAAAGUACUCAUAUCUUUAUGAAGCCCACAAGUUCCCUGUGAUCAUUGCAAAGGAACUAAAUCCUCAACAAGAAGAAAAGUUGAUAUGCAUCUUGAGGAAGAACAAAAGGGCCAUAGGGUGGAAUUUGGCGGAUCUAGUGGGAAUAAGCCCCCAAGUAUGCGAGCACUGA